GUCACUUUGAAGGUGGGUAUUGACCGUGGACACGCAGAUUUAGCCAUCUUUCCACGUCUGAGAGGCAGGUUCGCAUGCGGAGAGCUUUACCGUAGCGCAACGCGAACGCGUUGGUUGCCCAGGAAACCGUUGCGCGCCACAUGUUUGCAAACGGCAACAGGCACGACCUGCAUAUUGUCCAGAAACAAUCUCGGUGCCACAAUAAUGUCGACGACACCUCCAAGCUCCCCACCGAAAUCAGUAAUGAUGGCAAUGGAGCCUCCACCACGGCCUUCGAGCGCCCUUUUCGACGUCUACUUGCGACUGCGCCCGUCCAACUACGCGAACCCUCGUUUCCUCACGGUCGAAGAACGAGAUGACAGCCACCCGACACAUAUCACCGUUCGGCCAUUCGUUAAUGACCAUCGCAAGCGCGCAAUUGAGCGAUUCGCAUUCACGCAAGUCUUCGAGGAAGAUGCGCGCCAGAUGGAUAUCUUCAGAGGAACAGGCAUUGUGCCGAUGAUCGAAGGAGUGCUGGGCGCACCUGGAUGUCAUGGACGAGACGGAUUGUUGGCAACUUUGGGUGUCACAGGGUCCGGAAAGAGCCACACCGUUCUUGGAACUAAGUCGCAGCGCGGCCUUGUCCAGAUGACACUCGAUGCUCUCUUCCAGAGUUGUGAAGAACAACUCGUACAAUCGUUAUAUGGCGCGCCAGCAUUCUCAUCGCUCGCGGCAGCAGAUGUAUCUGAAGCCAACAUGUUCACCGCCUCUGCCUACCUUGACUCCAUGUAUGGAGACAGCCAGUCCGAACGGUUCCCAUCGAGAGCAAAUACACCUGCACCUGACGCUAGUUUCGUCUCGCAAGGCGCCUCUCGAUCGAACAAGAUCCCUCGACUCUCGACCCUACCGCAAGUACCAUCCGUCGCCGAUAUUCAGGUACCCGCCGAUCCUACCGCCGAGUAUGCCAUCGUCGUUUCGAUGUAUGAGGUCUACAACGACCGCAUCUUUGAUCUUCUGACAGGCAAUGCCAUGAAGAGCAAGCACCCCAAUGUGAAGCGCCGAGCGCUGCUGUUCAAGAGCACUGAACAGAGCCCCGACCGCAAAGUGGUGGCAGGCUUGACCAAGAUCAUAUGUGGCAGCUUUGAAGAGGCUAUGAUGAUUCUCGAGACUGGUCUGAUGGAACGCAAGGUUGCUGGGACUGGAAGCAAUGCCGUGAGCUCUCGCAGUCACGGCUUCUUCUGCGUCGAAGUCAAGAAGCGUGAUUCUCAGUACAAAGGACCAUGGUCGAGCAGCGCACUGAGUAUCGUGGACCUUGCUGGAUCUGAGCGUGCGCGUAACGCGAAGACCGCUGGUUCCACUCUUGCUGAGGCUGGCAAGAUCAACGAGUCGUUAAUGUACCUGGGUCAGUGCAUGCAAAUGCAGGCUGAUCAUCAAGAGGGCUCCAAGAGUGUCGUUCCUUUCCGCCAGUGCAAACUCACCGAGCUCCUCUUCUCCAACUCCUUCCCUUCGACCACACGGUCCACACAACACAUCUCUCCCCAGAAGUCCAUCAUGAUCGUCACUGCCGACGCACAGGGUGACUAUAACGCAACCUCUCAGAUCCUGCGUUACUCCGCCCUCGCCCGCGAGGUAACCGUACCACGCACACCCUCCUACUCAUCCAAUCUUCCCACCGGCCCCCGCCCAGGGACCGCCUGCUCCGGGCGCAGCACCCCAUCCGCUCUCCUCGAUGAACUGGAGUCCUCCGCGUCCGAGAUCGCGCGCCUGCAACAAGAGCUCUCGAUCUUCGCCCUGGGUCUCUCCGAGGAAACCGCGCGCCGCAAAGCCGCAGAGCAGUCCUGGGCAGCCGCCGAGGAGCGCAUGGCGUCCCUCGAACAGGAAGUCCGUGACGAGUGCUACCUCGAGAUGGAGGCCGCCGUGGACCAGGAGCGCCGGCGUUGGCAAGCGACACUCGACAAUGAGCAAGACAACCAGCAAGCGCAUCUCGAUUCGAAGAUCGACGUCGUCAUCAAGGCGACUAAGGCGCAGAUGCGUCUCGAACAGCCGGUCAGGGUGUAUGAAGACCCUGAUCCUGGGGUAAGAGAGAGGAAUGACGAGUUGGAGCGCGAGAAUGAGGUGUUGCGGGCGAAGGUUGAGCAACUCGAGCGCGAGGCAAUGGGCAGAAGUGCGAGCCCGAUUAAAAAGAUGAGGAUUUUGAAGAGUAAGAGGUGGGAGGAUCCCGAGAGUAGGGUGUUUGGUCUUGAUGACUGAGUGACAUGUGGAUUUGAUAUUUCUUCAUGACCUUAUGAUCGGCGUUUGGGUUCCUCGGUCAUGUCUGUUUCUUGUAUAUUUGUGGUUCUGGGUGGUGGAGCGGUGUCUAUAUCUGCUGGUCAGCACUCUGACGCACAUACUACUUCACAGUCCGAAGCAAGUCUAGUAGUACACUUCUUGGACGUGUUAAAUCCAUCACCCUCAAGCCACCAUUUGACACAAACAGCAUAUAGCUCGAUAUGAUACAAUUUUCCGCCCCAACGCCACGCUAUGCAACUAAACGGUCUCCGCCUCAGUCCUGGGACAAUCACACCUCAACAGGCUCAGCCUUCCUCCUAUAUGAGUCCCUCUUCUCUGCCUCGUUCCCAGGCUCCUUGCCCGCCGCCUCAAUAACAUCGACGCGCUGCUGCUCCUCGACCAUUUCAAAGUGU